AAUUUACAUUUUUUUUUUCUCUUUUUACUUUGGGUCCUCAAUUUUGACAAAAUUUUUACAACGAGCAACAUUAAUGAAGCUCAUUCUUGUGUUUUUACGACAAAUCUCCUUUCCAACGAUUGUUUCUUUACAUUUCAACGCAAACAUCAGCCUGGCAAGUAUCUCGGAUGCUACCGCGAUCUCGAAGCCCGAAUGUUUCUGCUGAAACACGAAUUUCAGCAUGUCAACACUGUGCCGCUUUGCAUCAGUUUUUGCCGUGAACUUGGAUACGUUUAUGCAGGAGUUCAAUUCGAAUUUGAAUGUUUUUGCGGAAAUACGUUCCCGAGAGCGGAUAAAUAUCCAAAGUUAGCUGAAAAAGAGUGUGGCAAAGUUUGUCCCGGAAAUGCUACUCAAAUGUGCGGAGGAUUAUGGGCAAAUAGCGUUUACGAAACAGGAGUUGAGAUUUUUGUCAUAAAAGCUGAUGGUACUGAAGCAAUUUUGGAAAAUGAGAACUACUGGAGACAGUAAAUGAAUUAUUUUUUUCAAAAUUA